AUGGCUUCAGCAAAGAAGAGCCCCAAGAAGGCGAGUCUGGUCAAAAAGGUAAAGAAGAGGCAUGUAUACAAGCACAGACCCUAUUACCAUCAGGAGAAUGGAAUCCUCAAAUUCACCACCAGAACGCGAGUACUGAAGCACCAAAUAGCUCCCCGAGUUUGUCUCUCAAGCAAACACAAAGAAGGGUGGAACAAUUCCAUUGGCAAGCAACACAAGCGCCUUGGUUCCUGCUAAAGGCAUCUACGUAAGUCGUGGGAUCUCGUCGCAUUGCGAACUUGUCCCUGAAAGCAACGAGACGUUGAAACUGACAACUGAAUAGUCUCCCGAAUGGUACAAGAAUAUUGCGCCCAACACUGGUCCUUUAUUCGAGAAACUCAGCCUUGGUCUCCGCCUGAAGUUAUAUGAGCAUGUGAUGAAUGAGAUCGGAACUAUUAGCGGAAUGCCAAUCGAAAUCCAACCAUGCAGAAAUGUUGACAAGUUUCGGGAUGCGAGGAGUAGCAUCGAUAAAAAUAGGGGACCACACCGCCGGUAUUACGAGGGCGUGACAAGAAUUGGUCGAGGUGAGUUACAGUGAAGUCAUGCAAUGAGAGGGCAAUGAGGAACUGAUGAGAAGAAUUUAUAUUCAAGGCUCUCUCCUGUGUUUGCUCAAUGGUAAUUUCAGAACUGACUUUAUAAUAGAUCUCAGCGCCUUGUAUCGCAUUUGCAAACAGGCAUAUGUCGAAAUUCAUGGAGAAGGUCUAUUCUAUCGCCAGAAGACAUUCCACUUUACAACCACCUCCAUCAUGAUGGACGUAAGUAUUCCGUUCCUUGAAGACUGGCAAAGACUGACAAUACCAAAAGUAUCUCGCUGUUCUUCACCCAAUUUCUCGAAACAAGAUCACGAGCAUCCACCUAUCCGCUGCUGUAUACCAAAACAACUAUUUCGCUCCUAAUUUGGUCUUCUCAAUGCUGAAUAGCAUGGAAUCCUUACGUACCGUGAGAUUCAACCUGGUGGCUGUAUACCAUCAUAGGGAUCUGGACUCGCUUGCCCAAUACGUCAGAAAGCACAAAGGACUGAAAAACUUGAAAGGCAUCGAGAAUUUCUCGUUCUAUAUCCAAAAUCGUUCCAGUCAAGAACUAUAUGAAACCACCCCUGAAGAGAAGAGCCAGAUGCAACUGCUUUGCAAGGAAAUCGAGGACGCGAAUGCAGCCAAGUACGCCGAACUUGUGAAGGCUUCGAAGGGUCAAUCUGGUCAAUAG